UCAUGCGCCGCCCCGUCGCGGCGUUCGCGACGUCGCGGAGGACGCCGCGCGCGUCGUCGCCCGCGUCGUUUUCCGUUCGCGCGAGGACCCCGCGCGACGCGACGACGCCGACGCCGGUCGCCGCCGCGCGCGUCGACGUCGCGCGAGCGGCGGGCGCUCGCCGCGCGUCGUCGCCGCGCGUCGUCUCCACGCCGCGGCGUCCCCGCGCCGCCGCCGCGAUCGCCGCGGCGUUCGCGCCGGCGCCGGCGCCGCGCCGCGCGGAACAGGAUGAUCCGUCGUCGCCGCCGCGCGGGGGCUCGAUCGUCGCGACGGCGUCGUCGCCGUCGAGCGGCGGCGACGCGUCGUCGACGACGUCGAUGAAGCAACCCGAUCGCAACCCGAUCGCGAGAUUCCUGAAACCCCUCGACGGCUUGUGGGGGAAGCUGAUCCCCAUGGCGAUCAUGUUCUACUGGAUGGCGCUCGCGAACGGCGUCCUCGACGCGCUCAGAGACGCGCUCGUCGUCACCGCGUUCGGCGGCGCGGAGCAGAUCCCGUAUCUCACCGUGUACGCCGUGUUGCCCGCGUCGCUCACCUUCGUCGCCGUCUUCGCGAAGUUCAGCCAACGAUGGGGCCGCGAGAAGCUCUUCUACAUCUUCCUCGCGUUCUUCAUGACCUUCUUCGCCGUCUUCACGCUCGUGCUGUACCCGAACAUCGACGCGCUGCAUCCGACCGCGUUCGGCGCGUCCGUCGCCGCGGGCCUCCCCGCCGGCCUCGCCGGCGGGGUCGCCGUGCUCACCAAUUGGGUCUACUCGUUGUUUUACGUCGCGAGCGAGAUGUGGGGAGACGUGAUGCUCUCGCUGCUGUUCUGGGGGAUGGCGAACGAGACGACGCGGCUCGAGGACGCGGGGAUCAUCUACCCGCUCCUCGGCGUCGGCGCGAACGUCGCGCAGGCGAGCAGCGGCGUGAUCGUGCGUUGGGUCUCGAGCUACGGCGGGUGGACGCAUCUCACCGCCAAAGAGGCGUGGAGCGUGAAGCUCAACAUCCUGAUGUCCAUCGCGUUCGCGUGCUGCGUCGGGAUCGGGUUGACGCACGCGUACAUCAUGAAGCGCGCGCACGACGCGGACGGAGGGAAGCAGUACGACCUCGACCAGGCCGCGGCGUUGAAGGCGAGGGAGGAUCACGCGAAGGAUCAGGCGAGGGUCGCCGCGGGGAGAAAGCCCAAAAAGGACAAGACGGGCUUGAUCGACGCGCUGAAAUUCGUCGCGCGCACGCCCGAGGUGCUGUGCCUCGCGGUGAUGUCCAUCUGCCAAGGCCUGAGCAGCAUCUUAUUCCAGGUGGCGUGGAAGGGGCAGCUGAGGAUAUUACACCCGGAGCCGCACGCGUACAGCGCGUUCAUGGGCGACGUCCAGCUCGGCAGCGGCUGCCUGACGUGCUUCCUCAUGAUCAUGGCGCCGUGGCUGUUCAAAACCCUCGGCUGGGCCGGGACGCUGUCCGUGACGCCAAAGUUCAGCGCGAUCGCGGGGUGGAGCUUCUUCGGGUGUUCGAUAUGGCUGGCGUCCAGAGGGAUGCUCGUGCACGGCGCGCCUCUGUUGACAUACCUCGCGUGGGGCGGCGCGGUGUUGUACGUCAUGGAACGCGCCGCUAAAUUUUCGCUCUUCAAACCCGCGGAGGAGAUGGUCUACAUCACCCUCGACGAGGAGUCCAAGACGAAAGGCAAAGCCGCCGUGGACGUCCUCGGCGCGCAGGUGGGGAAGACGGGCGGGAGCAUGCUUCAGCAGGGGUUUUUGCUAUUCUUCGGCACCAUCGUCGCUUCGCUGCCGUUGCUCGCGGCGGGACACACGUCGAUCGUGUUGCUGUGGCUGUGGGCGGUGCGGAGGCUCGAUAGGAUGCACGGCGCGGAGCUGGAGCGGGUUCACGCGCGGUUGGACGAUUUGGACGAGGACGCGGCGUCGCCCGCGGUGGCGUGAUGAGACGGCGACCGCGACGGGCGGCGGGGGGGAAGUCGACGGAUGUAUUUUUGUCAACCUUAAGGUUACUUUGUUUUGUCGUCGCCGGCAGAUUGGAACGCGUACGCACUGGUCGCGCUCGUCUCUGUCACGCGGUACGGUACACGUACGUUACGUUAUGCUCCCUACAUUACAUCCUACUACAGUGCGCUCA